AUGGAUUUUAACGAUUUAAUAUUUCCCUCUCCCAAACCUAGUUACGAUUACACUCUCUCUGGUCUUUAUUACAUUGAAGAAGAAAUUUAAUAUCAUCGUAGUCGUUCCCUUAUUCAAUAAAAUGAACUCAAAACAUAUGAUGGUACUAUCAAAGUAACACUCAAUUAAUCUGAAUCAUUAAGAUAAUUGAGUUAAAAUAGAUAAACCAAAAGAAUAGUUACUCUCUUAUAACUUGAAGAAAAUCUUAGAAAUGGUAUUAUUGUCUAUUUUCAUGCCAAUGCCGAAGAUAUAGGAAUGUGCAAAUCUAUUGCUUUUCUUCUUGCUGCAGAAUUGGAAGUAUCAAAAUAAUACUAUUAAGAUGGCCUCCAUCUGUAUGGAAUAUCCAGGUUAUGGAAUUUAUCAUGGUUAAUCGUCUAGUGAUACUAUAAUUAAAGAUGCAUAUCAAUUAAUUGAUCAUCUCAUAAAUAACCUCAAAGUUCAUGAAUCUAAAAUAAUUAUUAUGGGUAGAUCUAUAGGAACCAGCAUUGCUGUUGAAAUGAGUAUUAGAUAUAAAAGAAUCAGAGCACUUGUUUUAUUGAGUCCAUUUACAUCUCUUUGUGAUGUUAUUAAAGAAAAUAGUUUUAAUUGGGUAUCAAAAUUAGUUAAAGAACGAUUCAGAAAUCUUGAAAAAAUGCAUAAAGUGCAUUCUCCUACAUUAUUUAUUCAUGGUAUCAAUGACAAAUUUAUAUCUUAUUAACAUUCAAUUUAAUUGAUGAGUAAAUGUAGUGGAUUUGUUCAUUUACAAUUAUUUGAAGGAAUGACACACAACUCUUUUUUAAUUGAUUUGCAUAUCAUAUCACCAAUCAGAUAGUUUUUAAUGAAGAUUUAAUCAUGA